UCUAUCAGGAACAUUGUUUCAUAACAACACCAAACUGGGCUACCUAUCAUUUGAGAAUAAUCUCUUGGAGGGAUUGCCUGCAAAUCUUUUACAGCAAUUGAAAAAUCUGAAAAUCCUUGGGUUUGCUAGAAACAAAUUACGAAGUCUGCCUGAUGGGAUCUUUAAAAAUACCAGGAACCUUGAAACCCUUUUUUUAGGUAUGAAUAAUUUGUCAAGUGUUGAUAUCAAAAAUCUUGGACAAGUGAGAUACCUAAUGCUUCAUCAGAACAGUAUCACAUCCAAGUYGCUGAGUCGUGCAGUCUUGUACGCACUACCAAGACUAAAUGCUCUCUGGGCAUCAUACAACAACAUCGAAAACAUCCAAGAUUACUCUUUCAUGAGAUGUGGCUACUUAUAUCAUCUCCUGCUGAAUAACAAUCGACUGAAGCGCAUUACGAGUGGAACGUUUAAUGGGGCAUUCGGUUUACAAAUACUGUAA